GUCAUACUUCCUCCAGUUUCCCCUCCUGCUGCAGCUGCUAACCUCUGUUUCCCUGUUUCAUCAGUUAACUCAGCCUUUUAUGAGCAACAACAAAUAAAGAAUACCCACCAUGGCUUCUCGAGCAGGUCCGAGAGCAACAGGCACAGAUGGCAGCGACUAUCAGCACCGGGAGCGGGUUGCCUCACACUAUCAAAUGAGUGUUGCCCUGAAGUCUGAAAUCCGUAAACUCAACAUUGUCCACGUGCUGAUCUGGGUGCUGAUGGCAGCUCAGGUGACAGUGAGCCAGCUAAGCCUGGUGUCCCACAAGGUCGUAGCCUCUCCAUACCAGUGGGAGUACCCCUACCUCCUGAGUAUAAUACCCACAGUGUUCAGCUUCUUGGCGUUGCCUCGCAACAACAUCAGCUACUUGGUCAUCUCCAUGAUCAGCGCCGGGCUGUUCUGUGUGGCCCCGCUGAUCUACGGCAGCAUGGAAAUGUUCCCUGUGGCGCAGCAGCUCUAUCGGCACGGCAAAGCCUACCGCUUCAUCUUUGGCUUCUCCGCCGUGUCGGUCAUGUACCUGGUGAUCGUCAUCGCUGUGCAGGUGCAUGGCUGGCAGAUUUACUACAGCAAGAAGUUGCUGGACCAGUGGUUCACCGGCACACAGGACAAGAAAAAGAAAUGAGUCAAAGCAAGCCCACGUGGACAUGAGGAUCUCAGAGCUGAGGUGUUUUUUUGCAAACCAAUCACUGAACUGUUGGAUUGAGCCAGCCGAGACCAAGAGAAGAGACUCUCAAGUUAAAACUAUCAUGGCUCGUCAUCAUCUUUUACUGUAUUUAUAUUUGACGUGAUAUCAUCAUCGUUCAACUGUUGAAGAUCAUUCCCUGGACUGCUUGUGACUGCUGCCAUCACUCUGUAAAUUAAUCCUCCUGGAAUUUCAUCAUCCAACUGUAAAUGUGUUCUGUUAGUGCCUCCUUAUUCCAGGUGUUGACAGUGUAAACAGGCCAGGUUUAACUGGAAGAAGACUGUAAUCAUGUAAGUUGAUGUUUUGGAAACAAAUCCAAAAAUAAAUUUGAAUAUUUGACUGAUCUGUUA